AGUCGACAUAGGCUACAUCCUUCGCUUCGCUGCUAAGCAAAAGGGACGGACUGUAACGUUCUUCGAGUUCAAAAGACUCCAUUUUUACGUGUAACGAUCAGUUUAGCAAGGGCCCAUUGACUGGGAGCCGAUCGCUUUGAUAGGAUUUCCCUCAUGUAGAGCUCCAUUGAUUAAUGAGUGCCUGCGCGCAAGAAAUGGUGCUGGAAAUAUGUUCCGGGUUCAAUUUUGGGCGCGAGUUCUUUGUCAAGCAAUUCGCUUAAAGCUUUUGUGCAAAUAGGCAUCUAAAAAUUCUAGCUUGGGGUAGUUAGAGAGAUGGGGGAGCUUGUUGGCAAUAAACAUGUCGAGUACAUAUUAUCAGUUGAAAGGAGGAAAGAUGAUUUCCAUUCUGUGCUUAUGGAUUAUUUGAGAAUGAAUGGAGCUUAUUGGGGACUGACCACACUGGAUCUUCUUGGAAAACUUGACACCGUGAAUUCAGAGGACGUUGUUUCGUGGAUCAUGACAUGUCAACAUGAGUCUGGCGGCUUUGCUGGAAACGUUGGACAUGAUCCACAUCUGCUGUAUACAAUCAGUGCUGUGCAAGUUUUAGGCCUUUUUGACAAAUUAGAUGUUCUUGAUAUCAAUAAGGUGACUGGUUAUGUCACAUCACUGCAAAAGGAAGAUGGAUCCUUUUCCGGGGAUAUAUUGGGAGAAGUUGAUACUCGAUUCUCGUACAUUGCCAUAUGCUGUCUUUCAAUACUAAAACGCUUGGAUUCGAUGGAUGUGGAGAAGGCUGUGAAGUACAUUUUGAGUUGCAAAAAUAUGGAUGGCGGGUUUGGUUGCAUUCCUGGUGGAGAGUCCCACGCAGGGCAAAUAUUUGCUUGUGUGGGUGCUCUGGCUAUCACGGGUUCACUCCAUCACAUUGACAAGGACCUUCUCGGCUGGUGGUUGUGUGAACGCCAAGUCAAAUCCGGAGGGUUCAAUGGCCGCCCGGAGAAACUUCCUGAUGUCUGCUACUCCUGGUGGGUCCUAUCUAGCUUGACUAUGAUUGACAGAGUUCACUGGAUUGACAAAGAAAAGCUCGUGAAAUACAUCUUGGACUGUCAGGACACUGAAAAUGGUGGAAUAUCUGAUAGACCAGAUGAUGCCGUAGAUGUGUACCAUACGUAUUUUGGAGUGGCAGGUCUUUCGCUUCUUGAGUAUCCGGGAGUUAAAGCCAUAGAUCCAGCAUAUGCGUUGCCAGUCAAUGUAGUCGAUAGGAUUUUCUUUGGCAGAUGUUCAACCUGACAGUCCGGACCGCAAACAAAAAAUAUUACACUUUCGUGAUUUCUUGAGUCCGUUAGCUUCUGCUUUGUGGGAGGUCGGGAGAAGAGCAGAUCUGGAGGUGGGAGACGGCGAGAGAAAGCAGAGAAAAGAUGGAAAUUUUGCUGUAAAAUGCCAAGAUUUUGGAUUAAUUAUGAUGGUUCCGAGAUUGCUCUCAUAAAAGCGAACGUGCUCUCUUACAUAGUACCGCAUAUUUCACGGAUUUUUUCUCUGGUUUUGGAGCUUGGACAUGCGCCUUAUCGUGGAAAGUAUAUGUCCUCAAUAGUAGACCAAGAUCUCUUCUGCUGCUUCGAUGUGUGUUAGAGCUGCGUAGAAAGAUUCAAGAGUUUUUCGAUUUCGGA